AUGUCAUCAGCAUCAUCAUCAUCAUCAUCACAACAAUCAUCAUUGUCAUCAACAUCGACUUCGAUGUUAUUACAAGGUAUUCAAAGCACCAAUUUACCAUCGUUGGUUUCAAAUCAUCAUUCAGUUUCAUCAUCGACACUUGAUCAAAUUCAAGGCAACACUGACAACAACAAGAAGAGCAACUCAUUUGUAUGGAACAAUCAUUUAAAAAGAGAGGAAAAGGUAUAUCAACUAUCGCAACUAUGUCAAGAUAAUUUGGAUGUAUUGUAUUCGUGCGAGAUGGAACAUGGAUCAAACAGUAGUCAUUGUUCCCGUUUUCAAACGAAUUUGCAAAGUUGUCUUUCUUCCAAUUUAUGUCCUGAUGAAGCUGCCAUGAAAAAUCAACAAUGCAACGACACCUUGUCAGCUGCUUCUUUUCUACGAUCUGCCAUCCAACAAUCGUCAUCUCCCAACGCCGAAACAUUUAACAAAUGUUUUCAAUUAAACAAAUCAAUCAAUUCUUGUGUCAAUAAGAAUUUAGAGAUUAUUUGGAAGACUAUAGAUGAAUAA